UCAAAAGCAGAAGAAAGAGAUUAUCGAAAAAGGUUUCAGGAAAAUCUAUCAGAGAUGGGUUCUGGUUUUUCUUCCUGGUGCUUCACUCUUUGCCUUCUGCUUGCUGCUUUAAUGUGUGCUCAAGACAGUAACGCCAGGAGGGUUACAAAAGGGGAAGGAGAUGAUAGAAAUAAAUAUGAUCCUUUAUCAGAAGCAAGUGACGGACACGAUCAAUGGAUCAAUGGCGGACAUCAUGCAAAAACAUCCCACGUCGAUCAUAUGGAUCCUUCAGUUCAUAUUUUUUUCACCAUAGAUAAUCUAAAGAUUGGAAAAUCACUCCCCAUAUACUUCUCCUACAAAAACUCUACAAAAUCUUAUCUACUAUCCAGAGAAGAAGCCAAUUCCAUUCCUUUCUCUUCACAAAAAUUACCUUAUCUUCUUGAAUUAUUCUCCUUCUCCAAAGACUCUCCGCAAGCCAAAGCCAUGGAGUACACACUUGAACAUUGUGAACGUGAACCCAUCAAAGGAGAGACCAGGUUCUGUGCUACCUCCCUGGAAUCGAUGCUCGAUUCCGCACGUGGCUUCUUCGGAUUGGAUACCAACUUCAAAAUUUUAACCACUUCAUCUCUCACAAAGCUAACUCCUUUACAGAACUAUACAAUCUUGGAAGUGCCGCAAGAAAUCUUUGCUCCAAAAUUUAUAGCAUGUCAUUCUUUGCCUUACCUUUAUGCAGUUUUCUACUGCCAUGGACAAGAGAGUAAAAACAGGCUAUUCCAGAUAUCACUGGGUGGUGAAAAUGGAGAGAAGGUCGAAGCUGUUGCCGUUUGUCACAUGGACACCUCGCUGUGGGAUGCCGAUCAUGUGUCAUUUCGUGUGCUCAAAAUCAAGCCUGGGGAUUCUCCUGUUUGCCAUUUCUUUCCUUUAGAUAAUUUAGUUUGGGUCCCUUUCCCUGCUUAAUUUAACCAAGUUCA